AUGAAGAUUGCUUUUUUGCUAUUUAUCGCGAGAGAGGCCGUUUUAGCCGAAAUUCAGCUCUUCAAAACCUCCUGUUCCGAGUGUGCUCCCGAGUACGACUGCCAAGAUGUUGCAGUAGAGAUGUACAGAAACUUGGCUCAUCAACGAGCACAGCGUCACGUGCCGCAGUUACUCGAUAUGUUCUUUACUUCAGAACACCGAUUCUUUUGCCUCAAAGGCCACUCAGAGGUGAACUUUCGCUUUGAGCUUCCGAUCCCGGAUUUAAACAUGGCAACAAUUCCUACCUUACUGGCAUUCGAUGGGCGCCAGGAACUCGCCCUUUCUGUUCUCGCCAUUCGAGAUCGCUACGUCGAAGGCUACGACAGUCUUUCUCAACGACUUCCGAGCCAAGUGGAGAAAUUCAUCUCCCAACUUGAAUUUUCGGACGAAAGCAAUCUCCUCCAAUUUAUGAGCGAAUACCUCAUGCUCGCCGAACUCGCGUAUAUUGAGCGCAAUUUAGAGGUUAUUUCCAUUCUGCCAUCCCUCCUCGUCGCAGCAACAGAAAGUGCUUCAGCAGAAUCGAUGACUGAAUUGCUCGAAAACAGCAGCGGCAAAAACAAACGACUUUACGAAAUGCUCAUGUACGUCGGUCUCCAAAGCAGCAUGGAACCAGCCGGAGAUGCGGAGCAUACAACUGACUUUUCCAGAUUUGCGGCAAUCAUGAACUUCAUUCGAGAUUCGAACACAAACUUAGAGCAGAAAAUUUCCACCUUAGAAGAUCCAAACGCUCAUCCCGAAUACUACCAACAGACCGUUGAAAAUGACUACAAGGUUCAGCAGCCUCAUCAAGGAUUCAGCCCAGCUCUUCUGUUCGUAAUGUCGAAGGAAGACGAAGCUUUCUCAGUCGAGGAGUUUAUUUUCAUCCUUCAAAGUACUCCCUCACUCGCCCAAGAUCCGAUCAUUCCCUACUUGUACAUGAAAGACUCUGACAACCACGAAAAACUGCGCACAUAUUUGAUGGCUCGUUUGCUCAACCCAGAGCUUUUCCAGAACAACGGAAAUAAUAUGUCCACGGCUUUGGCACUCCUUCAAUAA